UCUCCUUGCAAGAAAGAGCUCCUUGAUCUUUAGACCCCACGAAGAUUUCAAUUGAUAGCGGUGGUCCAUCAUUUCACACAAUAUCACCCGUUGGAUCUAGAUGAACGGUCAAGGUCAUGACUUCUACUCACUCUGAUCCAUAUAUAUAACAAGUGUUGUUGAUCUGGUACGGUAGGAAGAGUGAGUAUGUUUUUUAGUCCGCGACGGACGCACUAGCGUGGCGUUGUGCUAGUCUUUCAUGCAUACAUCUUCCUCCUAGCUAGCUGUACCAAUUAAGUCUCCUCUCUGGCCAGCCAUCAGUCAACUCAUCAAAGAUCUGUGUCAAGAACACACAUCAAUACAUAUGAUCCAUGAAGCUAGCUAAGGUAGCUAGGUAGGUGGGAUUCCUCCCCUUGCAUGCCAGCCGAAACCAUAUUAGUUCUUCCAUUGCACGCACCACCUCAGAUCCAAGAAAGAUCCACCCAAAGAAUUACUCCAAAAGCCAAAACCAGAAUCAAUCUUUCUUCCCAGCUAGAAGCCUAGAACAAUAAACCCAUAUAUGCUACUACACUGAUGAUCAUGGAAGAAGCCACUGCUCAAGAAAGAAGCCAUGAAGAAGAAGAAGAAGACGACCUUGUUGAUGUCCAUUACCAGCAAGGAGAAGCUGUAGGUGAAGGAGAGCUGGAGCACUUGUUCGACAAGGUGGUGACCCCCAGCGACGUCGGCAAGCUCAACCGCCUCGUCGUGCCCAAGCAGCACGCCGAGCGCCACUUCCCGCCAAUGGCGGCGGCGGGGAUGACGGAACUGUGCUUCGAGGACGCCGCCGCCGGCGCUGCCGGGAGGACGGCGGCGUGGCGGUUCCGGUACUCCUACUGGGGGAGCAGCCAGAGCUACGUCAUCACCAGAGGGUGGAGCCGCUUCGUCAGGGAGAAGCGGCUCUCAGCCGGCGACACCAUCUCCUUCACCCGCUCCGGCGGACGCUACUUCAUCGGCUACCGCCACCGCCAGCCAUGCCGCCGCCACGACAUCGUCUUCGGCUCCGACGCCGAUGCCGGGCCAGCACAGCCACGGCUGUUCGGCCGUGGGACGUCGACGAUGAUCUGUCACGGCGAGGCCGUCGCAGAGUCACCGCCGCCGAGGAGCUUCAGGCUCUUUGGGGUGAAUGUAGAGUGUGGCACCGGCGCCGGGGAAGACGACGAGGAAGGAGGACAGGGGUUGGGAUGAUGUGGAAGGAUGCAUUGCAGGAAGAGAUUGAUGAAUCUGCUUUUGAUCAUAACAAGCUGAUGAUGAUGAUGAGUUUGAAUAUAGAUUUCGUUCUAGUGGGGUGGGGAAGAUGACUGCUUCUUGAUCCUGAAUUUAGCUGAUGAUUUAUUUAGUUUCCUCUUGUUCCCGGUAGAUAGUUGUUGAUUUGGUUGCUUCCGUCUUGCCUUUGCUGUUUAACGAUUAAUUUAGAAAAAAAGGAGUAUAGUCAUAAGAUUAUACAAGUUGAAUUAGCUAUAUAUGAGCUUUAUGAAGAUGUACUGAUGAUCAUCAGGAUUGAAUGAUACACCUUCUGUAAUUUGAAGACCCUUGAUUUCUUCUCUUCAUCUAUGCAUGCACAUUUUGUCGGCCAGAA